CACAGGUUAGAUUCUUGUAUUCUACAGAAACAUUGCAGUAUCAGUGUUGACUUUUCGUUCCAUCAAAUUGUAUAAUGCUGUUCAUCGAGUAAUUUAUUUGACUAGUGCAGAAAUUUGGUUUUCUCAAAAACGUAUUAAUACAAGAAAUAUCGUCGAUGCGUAUCCAUUUGAGAGGGGGUCGCAAACUGUUUACCAAAGUGACGUUUCGUAUAUUCAUCAUAUCUUAUCCACCUACACGUAUUUAAUAAUAUUGAGAAUUAUCCCAGUUUUUGGAACGGCUACGGUCUGGCGGCUAUAUCAACUCUCGACGUUUUUCGCGAGUCUCCUGUUCAGCAGGCAGGACGGAUUUUUCGUUUUUUUACGCAUUUAAAAAAAAUUUAUACCGAAUGCAGAAAAGUCCUUGCGUUUUCCACUAUGGAUGUCAAAAACUGCAACAAUUUCAUAAGCUAUGUAGGCUUCGAGGAACAUGAGAUGCAGGAUUUUGACUCUAAUAGAAGAGACUUAACGGAUGAAAGUAGCAUUAAAUUACUCUCGGGUGAAGCCAUUGUUGCUAAAGCCAAAAAUGUUCUUAUGUUUGAACCUGUCAGUGAAUCAAAACAAGGAAUUUCAGGGCUGUUAGCAAUUACUAAUUUUAAACUUACAUUUGUUACUGCAGAAGAGAAUGUUGAUGAUAUUCACCAACAAAACCAUUUAUUAGGUUACACAGAUAUUUGUUUAUCAAAUGUUGAUAAUAUUUAUUUGAUUGGCGAUAAAAAAAGAAAACUAACAACAGGAGUAUCUGUACCAUCUAAAGUCAAAGGAAUUUUUAUAGUAUGCAAAAACUUGAGGACAUGGUCAUUUUCAUUUAAAUUUUCUGAUAUCGGAGAUGGAAGAAAUAUUUUAAAUGCAUUACUUCAUCAUGCAUUUCCUACAAAGCAUUAUUUAUUAUUUGCUUAUGAGUACUCGGAACCUUAUUAUAGCAGUUUGGAUAAAGAAAUACAACUGUUUCGAAAAAGAACAGAUUGGCAAAGUGAAUUAGAUCGAACAUAUAGAAAAAAUAAUCUUUUGCAGAAAAGCUGGCGGAUUUCCAGAGCCAAUGAACAAUUUAGACUUUGUACUAGUUUAUCAGAGUAUAUUAUUGUACCAGCAUCAGUUACUGAUGAUCAGUUAACUAAGGCAGCUUGGCAUUUUCAAGGCAGCCGACCACCGAUAUGGUCCUGGUCAAAUGAUUCGGGUGCUGCAUUAGUAAAAAUGGCAGAAUUAAGUAUAAGUAUUCCAGAUAGGACUCAAGAAAACAUUAUGUUAGAAAACAUUCGCAAAAAUCAUCCAAAAAAAAUUCAACCUGUAAUUAUUGAAUUAAACAAAGAUAUAAGUAUUAAAAGUGUAUCAUAUAGUUUUACAAAAUUGGUUGAAUUGUGUUCUCCAGACAGCAUUAGGCAGUUCAUACAUCAAGAAAAUAACUUCUACUCGUUAUUAGAAAAUACAAAAUGGUUAAAACAUGUUUCUCUUUGUUUGAGAAAAUCUGUGGAAGCUUGCGAAGAGUUAAAUGAUGGUGUUCCAGUUAUACUGCAAGAAGGUUCCGGAAGAGAUUUUUGCUGUAUAAUAUCUAGUUUGGUACAAUUGUUGCUUGAUCCACAUUUUCGAACAAUAGUAGGUUUUCAGUCAUUAAUCCAAAAAGAAUGGGUUGCAGCUGGUCAUCCAUUUUGUGAUCGAUUGGGUCAUUUAAAAAAUGAUGGAUCAGAAAAGGCACCUUUAUUUUUACUAUACCUGGAUUGUGUGUGGCAGUUAUGUCAACAAUUUCCUGCCUAUUUUGAAUUUACUGAAACUUAUUUGACAACAUUAUGGGACUCUACACAUGUGUCAAUUUUUGAAACUUUCAUAUUUAAUUCUGAAAGAGAUCGCGUUAAGGCAGCUUCUGAUCCUACAAAUCAACUUGUUUUACGCAGUGUAUGGGAUUGGCGUGAACAAUUCAGUGACCAUGAUAUCCAACUUUUUUAUAAUCCUCUAUAUGCACCUGCACUGGCUGACUCUAAAUUACAUCAAAUUAAACCUAAUCACGGAAUAUCCAAUCUAGAAAUAUGGUCACAAUGUUACUUUAGAUGGAUUCCACAUUUGAUUAUAAACAAUGGUGGAAAAAACCAAAUUGAAAUGUAUGCAAGACUGUUGCAAAAUGAUUUAGCACAAUUAAAAAUUGAUGCCAAUGAAGCAACGGUAACUUCUUCAAAUAUUGAUCAACUUUCCACUUGUUUGUUACAAAUGAAUAUCAACAGUUUUUACCCAUUUAGUAAUAAAUCAUCAGGAAAUAAUGUCAGUACUCCUAUUAUGAAUGCAAGUUUCAUUAUGAAUGAAAGUAUGAUUGACUCACAGAGUUUGUUGACAACUACAGAUUGAUUUCAAAGUAAUUUUUCUAUUGUAAUUACAUGAGAAACUUUUAGAUGGCAUUUAGCUUUGAGCUAAUUAUCUAUUCUCAUACAUGAAAAGACGUUUUAUGCUGUAUAAAAAAAUGGAGCGCUAUACACGCUCAUCGAUAGAGAAGUGCACUUUGCAAUAAUUUAUCAUACUAGUUCAAAUAAAGUAGUUUAAAUUUUCAAAAAUUUGAUAAGUACAGUUAUUCAUUUUUUUUUUUAAAUUGACUUUGUUUAAUUUUAAUUUUUUGAAAAUUAUUUAGAAUACUGUUCAGUAUUCAAAUUGAAAUUCUGUAAGAAUUCCUGAACAUAAAAAGUAACGUUAAAUGAAGAACACCAAAGUAAAAGUAUUCAACAAUGAGGCGAUUUGGGAUAAGUCAGUCAAUUAUGUUUUUCAAUUUUUGAACUGUCUUAAUUAUAUUUAAUGUUUUGUACAAAAUAAACGCGCUAUUGGAUUAUUAAUCUUUA